GGCGGUCUGCAGAUUGUGCUUUACGAAUGGGAAAUGAAUGAAUGAACACAGAGUGAACACACAGAGUAAAGGAAUUCAUCAGCGAAGAGAUGAAUGAAUGAUGAUUUCCUUUUAAUUCCGUGCAAUUACAGUAAUGUCAUAGGGCCACAUCAGUAUCAAUUAACAGUGAGUGAAUCGCCAUGGGUGUCCAUGGAUUGUGGCAGCUCCUAAAGCCUACCGGAAAACCAGUGACACUUGAAUCAUUGGAAGGGAAAGUGUUGGCUGUUGAUAUAAGCAUCUGGCUUCACCAAGCUGUAAGAGGAAUGAGGGAUGCGGAGGGUAACCUGGUUAGUAAUGCUCAUCUUGUGACUUUACUCCAUCGCAUCUGUAAGCUGCUGUAUUUCAGAAUCAAACCUAUCUUUGUUUUUGACGGCAGCGUUCCGGAGCUUAAGCGUCAAACAAUGGCUGCCAGGAGGAAAAAAAAGGAGUUUGCCAUAGACAAAUCAGAAAAGGCUACAGAACAGAUUCUCAGAAACUAUAUGAAAGUACAUGCUGUUGACACAGUACUAGGCAAGAAGAAAAGUGUCAAAAAACCAAGGGCACCAAGAGUUAGUACGAAAGCAGAUGCUGCUCCAAAUAUGUACAUUUUACCGCCUCUGCCUGCCUCCACACAAGAAAGUCUAAAAAGAGAAGAAGAAGAAGAAAAAGAGGAAGAUGAGCACACGUUGGAGCAGCAUCAACAGAGGUCAUUUUUAGCUGAUCAUUAUCAGAAGAUCGGCAGCAUUGACAUCCAGUCAGAAGACUUCAAGAGUCUGCCACCCGAAGUGCAGCAUGAGCUGAUUGAAGAAUUCCUGGAGAGGAAUAAGCAUAAUGCUUGGGCUAAGAAAAAAAUAUUACCAAAGGAAGCAAAUGAAUUUUCAGAAUUUCAGCUCAGCAAACUACUCAAUAAGAAUAAACUAAACCAAAGACUUGAGGAUAUACGAGAGGAGAUGAGUAAAAGGAGUUCUGGAGAGAUUGCUUCUAUUCUUGAUGUUGAAACUAAAAGUGUAGAAGCAAAAAGGAUCGUUUCAGAGGAUACCCAGCAUUAUAUUCUAGUAAAAACACAGAAACAGACAACACCUCAGAAAGAGGUUGAAGAUGAGUACAAACCAUCAGGAAGCAAAGACAUCAUAGAAGUUGAAGAUAUUGAAGGAGGCUCAAAAUCUGUGUGGAAUACUGACAAUGUUGAUGUAACGGACAAGGAGAAAUCCAAAGGGUCAAUAACAGCUGAAGAGCUUGAAAGAGCUAUGCAGGCAGUCUUUAACAACCAGAAAACAAAGAUGUCAAAAAAGAACUUAGCAAGUGAUUUUUCAAAGACUUCUGACAAUGAUGUCAUAAAGACAGUUCCUGAGGAAACCAUUCCUAAGACACCAUCUGCAUAUUUAGUAUCAAGUAACUCUGGCCUUGACAUAAGUAAACCUGAGAACAAUCUUAACAUAGAUGUAAGGGUGACAGAUAGUCCAGAAGACAUGGCUAAUAAUGAAUCUCAGAUAUCAAAGAAUAGUGCUUUUACAUCCAUCAGUCAGAAUAUAAAUGUUGUUGAUUUGACAGAAGACAUUCCUGCACAAGAGAAAAUUGAUGAUCAGGUUAUAAUGGUGACAGAUAAUCCAGAAGGCAGGGCUGAUAAAGAAUGUCAGAUAUCAAAGAAUAGUGUUUCUCAAUCAGUCGGUCAGAUUAUAAAGGUUGUUGACUUGACAGAAGAGAUUCCUGCACAAGACAAAAUUGAUGAUCAGGCUAAAUUUGACAGAGCUGAUAUUAAAGUUAUAAAAAACUCUAGUCAUACUGGAUCCUUUGUUGCUCAAGAGAAGAAUCAACAGUUAGAAGUGGAGAACCAGCCCACAUCUGUUAUAGAAAAUAAUCAUGUUGAAAAUAUACCAACCGUAUACGAAAGAGAAUUUCAUCGCAAAACCAUAGAUUUACAAAAAGAAGAUGAAGUAAGGGAUGAGACGGAAAAACAAUCAAUUGAAGUAAAUGAAGAGGAACCUGGUAGUGAAUCUGAAGAUGACUUUCUUGAAGUUUCAUUUGACCCCACACAAGUAAGUGGUAAUGAUGAACUAUUUCCUGCUGAAAUAUUCAUACAAUCCAAUCAUGUAAGUGAUGAAGCUGCAAGGCAGGACCACAUCACUUCUAAUGAGGAUGAAAUUACGGAGCCAGACAUCAAGCAAAUAGAUAGGGAAGAAAUUGCUAAACUUCAACAUGAAGAAGAAGAAAAUAUGGCAUCUUUGUCAAAAGAGAGAGAAAAAUCAAUAAAGGAAUGGAAAGAUAUGAAUAUGAGUGAUGUCAGUGAAAUGGAGAAUGCACUCGCACAAGAGAGAAUAACGCUUCAAACUGAGCAAAAACGUCAGCAAAGAAUUGGAGCAUCAAUCACAGACCAAAUGUAUGCUGAGAGUAAGGAAUUACUGGAACUGUUUGGUAUUCCAUACGUGGUGAGCCCUCAGGAGGCUGAAGCCCAAUGUGCAUUUCUUGACCUCUCCAACCAGACAUAUGGAUCUAUCACAGAUGACAGUGACGUCUGGCUCUUUGGAGGCCAGAGAGUCUACAAGAACUUUUUUACUAAAGACAAAGACGUUGAGUUCUAUGAAAGCUCCAACUUCGAAACUCAACUUUUUCUUGACAGAAUGAAGCUGAUAAACUUAGCGCUUCUGCUAGGCUGUGACUACUCUGAUGGCAUAGAUGGUGUGGGCUGUAUAACAGCAAUGGAGAUACUUAGCGAGUUCCCAGGCAGCGGCAUUGAUGGGCUAAAGAAUUUCAAAGCAUGGUGGGAUAAGAAUGUAGGUAAUCUGAAUCCACCUGUAGAAACCAAGAUCAAGUCCAAACUCCGUAAGUUAGAUGUGCCAACAGCAUUCCCGCAGGAAGCAGUUGUAAGGGCGUUCAUGAGUCCACAAGUGGAGGAGUCGGCUGAAGAGUUCACAUGGGGCAUACCGGACCUAGACUCCAUACGAGGAUUUGCAUUGGAACGUCUUAGCUGGAACACUAAGAAAACAGAUGAAAAUGUUCUACCUAUCCUGAAACGACUCAAUGAAAAAUCAGUCCAGCGACCAAUUACAUCUUUUUUCAGCCAUGUGGCUGGACAUCAGACAGGUGUCAAAAGUAAACGACUGAAACGUGUUUUAAAGAAAUUAGGACAAUCUCAAUCAGACACUGACGAGGAAGAAAAAAUACCAAAGAACAAAAAGACUAAGCAAAGGAUUGUUGACCAAAAGGAGGCACAGACUAAGAGAAAACGAAAAGCUGCAGAAGACAAUGUACAGAAGGGAAAGGAAAAAAAGAGCCGUCAAAGCAAGCAGAAGAUGGGACCCACUGGUGAUGCCAAAAGCAAAAGUAAUUGUCGGGGAACAAAAGCUAAAAUUUACACGGAAGAAAGCGAUAGUGAUGAAAUUAAUGCUGAUAGAAAGUUCAAAAUGAAAGGGCCUGUUCUGUCUGAAAGUGGAAGUAGUACAGAUUAAGAUUAAUGCAGUUCUUAUCAUAGGCAGAUUCAAUACCCCCCCCCCCUUUUCUAUUGGGGCUGUGGUGGUCUAGUCCCUUCAUCUGUAAGAUUCCUUCCUGGGUCCCCUCUAUUUUGAAUUCCCGCAUCCACCACUGUUUGUCACACUGUUGCUGUGUUCGCACAUUGUAUUCAUUACAUUCCUGCAUACUGGUCAAAUAGUAAUAGUAAUCAUAAAUAGUAGAAAGUUUAUUUUAGCAAUAGAUGCAAUCAAUUUGCCCUGCAAUUCAAGACCAACUUUGGGACCUGAAAAUUUGGGGCUCAGGGGCAGAUAUUCCCCCCCCCCCACGGGGUGGGGGAGGGGCACUACAGUUUCAGAGUAGAUAAGUAAGUAGCACAUAACAUUGAUUUGCACUGAAAUUUUAAAAAUUUAGUAUCUACGGACCACAUCUUAUGUGGUCCGUAGAAAAUGUGUGGUGACAUCAUUUCAAAUCCACAUUUUGAUAUUUCUGCAAAUGUAUUUGUAUAAUUUAUGAAUCAUGUAAAUGACAAUCAGUAAAAUUUGUUAGGUAUCUACUUAUGUCAACGCUAAAUGAGAUAAUAAAAGCUGUUGAAACAUUGGUUUCAAAAAUAAUAUUUUCUGAAA